AUGCCCCCAAAGAAGCCAAAGUCGACUGCCGCCAACGUCUCCAGCUCUUUGGACCUGGAAUCUGAGGAGGUCAGCCUUGAAACCACCGUGCCCUCGUCGGACGAGAUGCGGCAGCUGAUCGAGAGGAAAGAGUUGAUGCAGAACAUCCAGCUGCUGAAAAUUGAGCUUUCCCAAAAGGACCUCACUAUUGACAACAUAAAGGCCGACUACAUGUCCAAGUUGGAGGAGCUUGAGGAGAGACUGAACGAUGCCCUCCAUCAGAAACAAGUGUUGGCGCUGAGGCUCGACAGUGAGCUGAAGCUCGCGCAGGAAGACAACAGGAAGCAGCAGGCUCUGCGCAAGAAAGAAGUGGAUGGCAUCUUGCUCCGGCAGCAGCAGCUGGAGGAGGCGAACAUGCAGAUGCGGGAGAAGGCCGGGGAGCUUCGUCGAUCUCUACGGAACUUGGACAUGUCACAUGAGCGCUAUCAGGAGCUUCGUAACCUUCCUGAGGAGAACAUGUCCAUUCAGGAAUUUGUUGCUAUGCGCUUUUACGAAGUCGUGACUCCGUUGAGGGCUCAGGUGGCCGAGCUGAGUGUGAAGAAGGACACUUUGAGCGAAGACCUGGAGUUGCAGAGGACACAAAUGAAAUCUAUGAUGGAGCGCUAUGAGGAGGAACGGCGUCGCCGUACGGAGCUGGAACUGAGGAGCCAGAGAUUGACAAUGGAGCUGGCUGACACCAAACAGCACAUCAAAGAUGGAGACUACCGCCGGGAAAACUACCCCAACAUCAAACGUGAGCGAGACGGUUUGGAAGCCGAGCUGAAAGAGGUGAAGCGAAAACUGGACACACUUACCUUGGCUCACGAGGCAGUUGGCAGGGAACGAGAAAGUCUUGUCAAAGAGAUGGCGACGUUGCAGCAGUCAACAACACUGCUGCAGAAAGAUAAGGAGUACCUGCACAGACAGAACAUGGAGUUGAGUAUUCGCUGUGCACAUGAAGAAGACCGCCUGGAGCGCUUACAGGUGCAACUAGAGGACACCAAAAAGUCCAGGGAGGAUGCAUAUGAUAAAUACGUGGCAUCGAGCGAUCAUUAUAAAUCUGAGUAUGAGCGAAAGCUGAGAGAUGAACUAGAGAAUGUCCGACUGAAGACGGGUCAGGAAAUCGAUAACCUUCAGAGAACAUCUAGAGAGAUGUACGAGAGAGAGAAUAGAAAUCUACGUGAGGCCAGAGACAACGCGGUGCUGGAGAAGGAGCGGGCUUGUGCUGCCGAGAGGGACAGUCAGUCACGAUAUGACCAGCUUCUAGAACAGUUUCGCCAGCUGCAGCUCGGCACCGACAGCAGGGUCGCGGAAUUGUCCAACCAGGCCAAGCUGCACUGCUUCGAAGCCGAGCGCGCUCAGAUGAUGAAGGAGGAGACUGACAAGGCUCUGGCUCAGUGCCAGGUGGAGUGUGAGAAACAGCGCAAGAAACUGGAGGUCCUCACGCAGGAGUUUUACAGGCUACAGACGUCAUCCGAGAAGCGCACCGCAGAGCUUCACGCUCAGAAUGCCGAGCAGGCGUCCCGACUGGAGACUUAUGAAAAACUCGAGAAGGAGCUGGACCAGGUUACCAUGCAGGCUGCUGAAAUUGAAAAUGAGGAGGAAGCAGAGAGGGUCCUCUUUUCGUAUGGUUAUGGAGCCAACGUUCCCACUACGGCCAGAAGGAGACUUCAGCAGAGUGUUCACCUGGCCCGCAGGGUGCUGCAGCUGGAGAGGCAGAACACAUCACUGAGGAGAGACUUGGAGAAGCACCAGUCCCAAACAGGCCAGAUAUCCGAGGAGCUGUUAGCUGCCAACCAGUUGCUGGAGCAGACGCAGCAGCCCUACAGCUACCUGAUAGAGACGGUGAGACACAAGGACGGACAGAUCAACGGCCUGAAGCAGCGCGUCGCUUCACUUGAGGAUGAUGUCACUUCUCUGAGGAAAGAGCGGACAGCUCUACUGCAAGUGAAGAACAACAUGGCUGCCGAUCUGGAGCGGCUCUUGAACCAUCGGGAGGAAUUAGCAAUGAUGAAGCAGGUCCUGAUCAGCAUGCGAUCCCAACAGGAAAACGCUUUGAGCUCAUUAGAGGUGAAAAAAGACGACACGAGGAUACCCUCCAAACGGGACAGCGCCCCAGCCGAGGAUGAGUCGCCCGGCAAACCUAAACCCACAGUCUUCACCAAAAGAGAAGCUCCUGAUUGGUACCAAAGACUCAAGCAGAAACCCAAAUGA